GGAAGUGCCGGGGGAAGCCCGGGGCGCCGAACCCGCUGUCCAACCCUCCUCCUCUCAUCUCCGCGGAGGCAAGGCGGCUGGGACCCAGCGCGGGGCUCUGGCCCGGCCCGCCUUCCCGCCUGCCUGCAGAGCAACCCUGGAAUGCGUGUCCAGAUGCCAACCCAGCUGCCACUGGGAAUCCCUCUGGGAGACUGAAGGGCAGGCUUUCAGGCCCAGAUUGAGGCUGACUAGCCCUGAGCCUUAGGCCAGGGGAAUGGCAGCCCCCCCAGAGCCUCAGGACCAGGCCCCUGGGGAGGGAGAAGGGCUUCUGAUCGUGAAGGUAGAAGAUUCCUCCUGGGAGCAGGACUCAGCCCAGCAAGAGGACAGCAGGGAUUCAGAGGCCUGCCGCCAGCGCUUUCGGCAGUUCUGCUACGGCGAUGCAGGCGGGCCCCAUGAAGCCUUCAGCCAGCUCUGGGAGCUCUGCUGCCGCUGGCUGCGGCCUGAGCUGCGCACCAAGGAGCAGAUCCUGGAGUUGCUGGUGCUGGAGCAGUUCCUGAACGUGCUGCCUGUGGGCGUCCAGAGCUGGGUUUGCGAACGCUGCCCUGGGAGUGGUGAGGAAGCUGUUGCCUUGGUGGAGGACCUGCAAAAGCAGCCAGUGAAAGCUUGGCCACAGGACGUGCCCUCAGAGGAGGCGGAACCUGUGGCUACAGUCCAGGGAUCCCAGGCCAAGGGACCUCCCCGGAAGGUAGGGGCACGGAGCCAGCCACCUGGACCCUGGGAGCAGCACAGCCAUGGUGCCCAACUACCUGCUCUUAAAAAGGGGAGUGCCAGAGAGACAGCAGAUACCUGCUUUGCCUCUGGGGGACCUGUGACAUUUGGAGACAUUCCCUUCUAUUUCUCCCGGGAAGAAUGGGGGUCCCUGGACCCUGCUCAGAGGGAUCUCUUCUGGGACAUAAAAAGGGAGAACUCCCGGAACCUUUCCCUGGGUUUGGGGCUCAAGGACCAAAGUGAGAGAUCCCGGCUGGACGAGGUGGUGACAGCACUCCCGGGCCAGGUUGUUGGUGAUGGGACUGUGUCCUGGAGACCCGAAGAAGCAGAGGCCUGGGAGGGCGAGGCCCGGCCGGGAGCGCCCCUAGGACGGGCGGCGGGGGCGCGGCGCGGGCGGCCACCCACCCGCCGGCGGCAGUUCCGGGACCUGGUGGCCGAAAAGCCGCACAGCUGUGGCCAGUGCGGCAAGCGCUUCCGCUGGGGCUCUGACCUGGCGCGCCACCAGCGCACGCACACGGGCGAGAAGCCGCACAAGUGCCAGGAGUGUGACAAGAGCUUCCGCAGCUCCUCGGACCUGGUGCGCCACCAGGGCGUGCACACGGGCCAGAAGCCCUUCUCCUGCUCCGAGUGCGGCAAGAGCUUCAGCCGCAGCGCCUACCUGGCGGACCACCAGCGCAUCCACACGGGCGAGAAGCCCUUCGGCUGCAGUGACUGCGGCAAGAGCUUCUCGCUGCGCUCCUACCUGCUGGACCACCGGCGCGUGCACACGGGUGAGCGGCCCUUCGGCUGUGGCGAGUGUGACAAGAGCUUCAAGCAGCGCGCCCACCUCAUUGCCCACCAGAGCCUGCACGCCAAGAUGGCCCAGCCCGUGGGGUGAGGGCUGGUGGGGCCUGGCUGCAGUGGGGCCUCCAUCUGUCUGAAUCUACCAUCCCGCUGCUGGUGGGACUGCAGGGCAUCUCAUACUCCUCAGAACUGCCUGCCCUGCCCACUCGGGACCUGGCCCACACCCCCAAGGAAGAGAAAUCCCCUGUGACCUGGUCACCGUGCCCCUUCCUGCUCCAGGAUUUUUCCUCUCCCAUGGUUUCCUGGAGCCCCAGCACAUUCCAGGCCGGUGGAUAGAGCAUGGGGGAGAGUCUGGAGCAUCAGGAAAGUAUGAGGACUUGGGCAGGGCCCGGGGUCCCCAUCCCAGAACCCCCCUCAGCCUUGCUUGGCCCUGGAGCUCUGUUCCCUGCCUUCUCAGCUGGGUCCAUGGGCUGGGCCUUUUGUCUGGCCAACAUGUGCCUUCCUGCGGGGCUGGAGCCUAAGCCUUGGGGUGCUGCUGGGCUCUGGGAGGGACAGUCAGCCCACACCUGUGAGGAUUUGGGUCUUGGGUGAUGCCACAGGGGCUUUCUGGCCUCCACCCCUUCCCAUUUCCAGGCAUUGACCACUCUGCCCUGUCCCAGUGGCAUGGAAGCUGUCUGCCUCUGCUCUUAGGUGACUUGCCCCUCCCUUCCUGCCGUAAGUUCCUGAGAGUCACCCCCGACCUGUCUGGGGAGGGUGGUGUUGGCUCCAGGGGCAGAAGACCAAUGGUGCAGACCCAGAACAGGGCCGGGUGGGGGCCUGCUGCUUCCUGAUGCUCUGCUCUUCCCCAGAGUCAUGGGGUUCAUGGUACUUAACACUAGCACUCUUAUCAGCCUGACAUUGUCACUGUCACUGACUGCCGUCAUGCUGCAUUCCAUGCAGAUGGGCAUUCACAGGGACAGACCACAGGCCCUCCCAAGGAGCUGGCCCAGCUGGCCUCAAAUGGGCAGCAGAAAGGUUUGAAUAAACAUGAAAACUUC